AUACCAAAAAGAGAUCACCAGUUGAUGGUCCAACGCAUCUUCCCGUCCGACCCAAAUCCCCAGAUUAUGUGUUGCCAAGCGUUGCUAGAGCUGCGUCACCAACGGAAGUCUUUAAGCCCAUGGAUACCAUCGACUCACUGUACUCGGCGCCUUGGGGAUCCACCUAUGACCAGGACACCUCGUUAUGGCUACCUGACGUCAGCAUCACGCCAUUGGAUAGAAUCUGUUCUUUUGAGUACCUACACACAACAAAACCUAAACCGUUAUGUGUGUCGUCCCUGGGGAAUGUGGAUCACACGUGUUCAGCCGUGUGUGAAGACGAUCCCACGUGUGUUACCUACCAUACCAUGGCGGACACCAUAGCUUCAGAGAUGCCAGUUAAUACCGAUAAAGGACGUCUCUCGUCAGCAAUCAAGCCGGUUAAUCAAGAACGCCCUAUUUUACCUUCAGUCAACCGAGUAUCGCCACCAAAAGUUCCCUCAGUUGCUGUUAACGUAAAAUCUCCACAGAACAAGAAACGACCACCCUAUUCAGUAAACUUGGCAUUGUUCACGGCCUUCAAAAUGGGCGUGUCUCCAGUUAUAUUUCACAGGGCAGGCAUCAAAGCUAUAAUCAAACACAACUCAAGGAAGGUUAAGGAAAGCACCGACCAUGAUACUAAUAGACAUGAUAGGGACGGAUAUUUUAUCCCCAUUUAUGUCCCAAAACGCUGCACCACUGUCUCCGCCUUGUCAACUGUCCUACAAACAAGUACUGCAGUUAUUUUUGGCAAAACUGCAUUUAAAUAUGUAAAAAAUGGCGAGAAGGGGUCUGACAAAAGUCAAACAACAACAAACCGAGACCUAAAGGUAAACAUGAACGAUACAGUGAAACCCAGGAAUCAGUCCACAUGUUCACUUGGUACUCCCCAAAGAAAUCUGAACAAUGACACACAAAAACACUGCAGUUCAUUGGCUGUUACGCAACAGCCUGACAUACCACUAUCGGCCUUAACUCAUAUUCCAGUAACCACAAAUGUACCGAAUCAUGGAGAAAAUCCUGAAACCAAAGAAAUUGCGAUUAGCGUAGCUGUGAAGCCAGUUGUUGGUUCAAUGAUGUCACUUGCGGCCAGACGACAUGACAACAGCACGUACAUGGCGCUGUCUUCGUUGCUAGUGACGACAACAACCGUAGUCCUUGGAGAUGCAAUGGAAAACAGUUGUGUAGAGCUGACAGAAAUAGAACUGUCCGAAAAGGUGCCAGAGGUUGAGACCAAAGUCAACAACCGUAGGUCUGUACUGGACAUCUUAUUUUGUAGGCAGAGGAAAUAACUCUAUGACGCCCAGCAAACUGUAAACAGCAAUAACGAGUCAGAAAAUACGAAGAAAAGGAUUUCAUUUCACAAGAAUGUGAUCAUGAACAUUUUGUGAAUGUGAUCAUUAAAAUCAUGUGUACUGUUGGUCCUUUCUUGUAUUCCGAAUGUCGUUAAUUCUUGUGGAUGGUUUACGUUUGGGGUUUCAUCUGCAGCAAAGGGGAUUUAAUGGACAUAUACAUCAUAUACAUCAACAAUAGAGACUGAUCUAUCGGUUGCAAGAGUGGUAGAAAGAUCAAAUAAAACUUUGAGAAAAUGGGCAACGAGCAUUUUUAAACAAGCGAAUACUAUUUGUCAAAUAAUCUUAUCACAUGGGGUGUCAGGGGCAAAGAUAAAGGUCACCGAG